AUGUUUGCUAGUCGUCCGAAUUGGUUGAUUGUCGUUCUGUUCGAUUUGUUCAACUGCAUCUCUAUAUGUUUUGUUCGACCCUUCACCAUAUUCAUCCUAGCACAUAUGUGGCUUUUGAUGGCAACAGCAUCAAUAGCUCAAUUUGUUAUCGACACAAGUGGCGAACCCGUUGAGGACGAUGAGGAAUACUUUAUUAGGCCUGCUAUCAGAGGCAAUGGAGGAGGUGCUACUUUUGUCAGCGGAAAUGCGCCGUGCCCUCUGCAUGUUGGUCUUGACAACGCUGAGUCGACACUCGGUUUUCCCGUGGUAUUCACUCCUUUUGCACCUCAUCAUGAUGACGACGAAGUGAGGCUUAACAGAGACUUAAGAGUAACAUUUGCAGCUUUGUCGAAUUGUGCGCAGUCAACACAAUGGAGAUUGGGUGAGAAAGACGCUACAAGUGGAAGGAGGCUGAUUAUCACUGGAAGAGAUGAUAGUACUGUUGGACAAUAUGGUAACUUUUUUAGAAUUGUGCAGACACAAACUAUUGGUGUCUAUAACAUUCAAUGGUGCCCUACAGAGGUGUGCUCAACUUGUAAGUUUGAAUGUGGAACUGUCGGUGUUAUUCGUGAGAAUGGCAAGAUUUCGUUGGCUCUUGAUGGCGGUGCCCUCCCUAUUGUGUUCCAGAAAGAGUGAUUAUUGGUGUGUCUUUAUGUAUGUUUCCUUGUUGCUCUAAGUAUGUCUAAUACUAUAUGUUAAUAAAUAGAUGUAGAGCUAUUG